GAGCAGACAGGUUGUAUAUUCUGGACACGAGUUGUUGUAUAGCGAUGGGUUUAAAUCAGACGGACCAGGAUCGACUGCCAUAUCCCUAAAUCAUAUUUGCAGCAUAUCGUACAUUUUAGUCACCUGUGACCUGACCUUUCAACUUACAUGUUUUGUAAGACUUUUGGUCAUUUAUCAAGCAAGAUUGAAACUUCUUUUUCACAGUAUGAGUGUGUCAAGACAACACCUCAAAAAAGGGGACCCUAACCCACCAUUGAGGCCCGAUGUUCUCCGUAUAUACAGCAUGGGAUUCUGUCCAUUCGCACAACGAGCUCUGCUGGUCCUGGCUGCAAAAAAUGUCAAGUAUGAAGUGGUCAACUGUAACCUUAACCAGAAACCAGAAUUUUUGCUGGAACGGAACCCCGCUGGGACAGUUCCUGUCCUAGAAUACCAAGGAAAUGUUGUAACCGAGUCCCUCAUCAUCUGCGAUCUUUUGGAAGAUCUCUUCCCAGACAAGCCACUGCUGAAGGCCAAGGAUCCUUUUCAGAGAGCAAAGAAUAGAUUGGCAGUUGACAAAUUUGGUCCGAUUGUCUCACUCUUUUACAAAGUUGGCUACAAUCCAGAUGAUACUGAAGCCAAAGGUACAUUGAGGAAACUUUUGAAGGAGUACCAGGCGUUCUGCAUAGCAAAAAAUACAAAUUUCAUCGGUGGUGACCAGUGGGGCAUGGUUGACCUCAUGAUCUGGCCCUGGAUCGAACGCAUGCACGUACUCGGUGACGACAUCGUCGCGGAGUACGUCCCGGAGUUCAAGGCAUGGAUUGAUCGCAUGGAAACCAUUCCGGCCGUUCAGGCUUGUCAAAUCUCAAAGGAAAAGUUGGUCCAUUUAUACGCUGGAUAUUUUGCUCGGAAUGCAGUUUACGAUUGAUAUAUAUAUUUUAAGUUUGUUCUCAUCAAUCCAUUACACCGGUGUUUACUCCGGUCAUAGCAGUGGGGGGGGGGUGAUAGCAAUUAAUAUAUUGACCUGAAAUUCAACAUUUUGGAGACACCCCCACACCACAAGGGCUAUAUGUAAUACGGGGUUAUAUGACCGUGGACAUAAUUACUACCAUCUUUCAGUUAAAGCCCUAAAACAUUUUUUUUUCUUUUCUAUAUUGUUACAAUGGAUUUGAUGUGAUAUAAAAUAAUGAAUUAUAGUUAAUAUCAAUAUGUGAGCGAACGAAGCGAGCGGGCAAAUUUUCAGUAUUUGGUAGACAAAAUGGUCCAAAAACUUCUUGUGUGUAAUUAGCACAUCACGGGCAAUAUAUACGUUGGUAUAUAUUAUAAAUAUGUACUUUUUACUACCAUCUUUCUUAAAGGCUAUCACGAUUUUUUUCGAUGGUUAUAUUGAAAUGGAUCUAUCAUGAUAUAAAGUAAUGGAUUACAGGUAAAUAUCAAUAUGCGAGCGAAGCGAGCAAAUUUACAGUUGGAAGACAAAAUGAUUUCCAAGAACCUCUUUCAAGUGGUGGGUAAUUAUCAUAUCACGGGAAAUGUAUACAAUGUAUGUAUACGUAUGUAUACAAGGACAGCCGUUUGGUAACUGAUGAGGCCACCCUGAUUAAAUAACACUGAAAAUGAAAAAUAAAAUAAAUAUCAUAAAUGUGUACAUUAUACUACAAUCUUUCAUUUAAAAGUCUAUCACGUAUUUUUCGAUGGCUAAAUUGUAAUGGAUUUAUUGGGAUAUAAAGUAAUGAAUUACAGUAAACAUCAAUAUGCGAGCGAGCGAAGCAAGCGAGCAAACUUACAAUAGUUGGAAGACAGAAUGAUGACCAAAAUCGUCUUUCAAGGAGUGUGUAGUUAUUGGAGAAAUGCAGCGAGUGAGCGUAUUGAGCGAGCCUUGAAAAGGUUGCUUCAGUCGUUUAAAAUGACAUGCAUGUAUUAUACAGAGGAUUUUUAAGGUAAAUUAUCAAUAAAUCAAACUACCCAAGAAAAGGAACACGAAAAUAAAGAGCAAAUGAGUAUUAAUCAGUUCAUAUUUUGUUCAACGAAAACUAAUUUUCUCCGACUGGUUAAAGAUGAGAUAAGAUUGAUAAUCAAUGGGAUCAUAAUCAUCGGGAAUAAGGGUGCAUUAUAAAAUUAUUAUAUCAAUCACAGGACAGAAUAUCAACUUCCAAAAACGUGGGAAUAGCACUUCAUGCAAAUUGAAAGGAAAAUGUUGCAGAAAGGAAAGAUUCUUAAUGAUCUUCAAGAUUAUAUUGGGAGAUGCAACGUUCAAAAUUUUGAACAAAAUUCACAUUUGAAAUAUUUAUUUACGACAGUGUUUUGCUUGGUUUAUGAUAAAAGUUAUAACCAUAUCUAAAAGUAAUUGGUAUUUUAUCCAUACUAUCAUGAUGGAGGGUAAAUUACAUUUGCAAUAAGCUUAACAUGCCGGGAUUUUUCAUGACAAAAUCUUGUACGAUUAGUUUGAGCGCGGAAGCGAAGCAACCGUGCGAGAAAUUUUGCAUUUUUAGAAUGCAAAAUUGGGUAAAUCUAAGCACUUUUUUACUGCAUUUAAAAAUGAACCCACCAAUUAAUCAUUAUUUUUUUUAAUGGUAAAAACAUAUCGAUUCUGCCUUGAAAAGUGGGUGGAUGAUUGUACAUGCCGUACACCCUUUUCGAAAAGUGGGGGUGUAUCCCCCCAUCCCCCUCCCGGAUUUACGCCCGCCGGUGUCCAAGCGUCUUGUCAUUCUUUUUUUUUUUUACCCUCGGAAAAUCACAGUGACGGUCGUCUUCCAUGCUCCUCUCCCAUUGCCCAUCGCUGAUCAUUGGAAAAAAAAUCUGCACAUUAUUUCACUUUCUUGGAAAAGUGGGAAUGGUCUACACAGCAUGUCCUCCACCCCUUCCUCGAUGUUCAUUGAUGACUUACUCAACUUUUAAUUUGAUAAAUAUGGCACGACUUCUAAUGAGACAACUUUGUGCUAAAACAAAUAUAUUGUUUGCCCUUAAAGGGGAAGUUCACCUUGACAAAAAGUUUAUUGCAAAAUUAGCAGAAAAAUAAAAGAAAAUUUUAGCGAAGAUUUAGGAAACUCAAUCAAAGAAUAAAAAGUUAUUUGAAUUCAUGCAAUUCUUUGGUUUGUGACGUCAUAUGCGAGCAGCUUUCCUAAGAUGGUAUGGUAAAAAAUCAAUAAAAUGUAAUUUUUCUCAGAAAAUUGAAAAUGUUUUUUAUUGGACCUUCAUAAUAUCAAUACACAAAUCAUUUCACACUCGCUCCUAAAAAGAAAAUUAAAAAUAAGUCAUCACGAGCCGUUAAAAUUUAAAUUUAUGCAUCUUAUAUUACAUAACAUAUGGAGCAACUGCUCGUUUAUGACGUCACAAAGCGAAAACUUGAAAUUCUAGCAUUCUUAGUCUUUAAUGGAUUUUUCUCAAACCUUGAAUAAUAUGUUUGAUUUUUUUUUUGCUAUUUUACAACAAAAUUUUCGUGAGGGUGAAAAUGUAGGAUCUUUAAAUUCGAUCAAGUUUGUGCCUACUCAAUUAUUUAGCACCAAUGAAGUUUUUAAUCCUUUCUAUUGGAUAGGAUAUAAUUAUGGGCGGACCAUGUAGGCCACUGACUUAAUUCGCAUAUUUUACUCUUUUAUAUCUGGUUUAGCUACAACUUUAUGAAUUGUUGAUUAAUCAAUUGUUGUCGAAUAUCAUUGAUGUAAUUCACAUGUUAUUUUCAUGUUAUUUUUUUUAAAUGUUUAUCUCUGUCAACUCAUAUUGGGACUAAGUGUUGAUAUAUUUACAUGGAAAUGAUGCUACAAGAAUGCAAAAAUUGUCUGUCUGAUUUAUUCAUUUACUCAUUUUGUUUGAAGAAAAGGGUCUGUAAUAAUCACUGAAAUAUAGAUAAGGGGUUUUGGGACCUUACCCCCCCCCCCCCCCCCCCCAACAAAAAAAAACAGAGAUAAAAGCUUGAGAAAAAGAAAGUGAUGAAAUAUGAUUUUAUUUUCUAAAUUAUAUUGUCAAAAUCUAUCACAAAAAUGGCUUCUCUAUUUUAAGGUCAGAAUUUAUGCUCCCCCUUGGCAAAAUUUUACUCAAUAGAGGUUUGGCCCCUUAAACUUUUUGGCUUAUUACACGCCACUGGUAAUGAUGUGGGUUUCUUUUUAAGACAAUGAAAACAAAAGCAGAAAAUGCAAAGAAAUGCAUAAUCUAUUUGUAAAUAGAGAUAUAUAAGGUAUAACACCUUACCUAAACACUAUUUUUCUUGAAACAUUUCAUAGGAGUCACAGAUGAAGCCGUGUUCAGAUUAUAUUCCUCGCUUACCAGGACACCCUAUAGAUAUGUAUGUGGCUGUGUUAUUGUUUCAGUCAUUUAAAAUUUUGAUUUUACCUUCCUGUAGCUUAUUAGUUAUCAAGCCAAUUAAUAAAACAUUUACAUGAAGGAAAUUUGUGAUACUGGGAAGUUUGUUUAACCCCAUCUAAUUUUCAUUUGGUCUAUCUUUUGCCAUUAUGUGACUUUGAAUUCUGAAAUCAAUUGAUGUGAGGAGCUAUAGCCUAUCUGUGAUUGAUCCAAUCUCUUACUUACUGACAUGUGCUUAGUAAAGAGUAUUGAAGC